UGUUCUUUACUCACUUAUUGCCUUCAAGCAAUUUUUUAAUUUUCUUAUGAGCAGAAUUUUAAUUUUUUUAUGAGCUUUCACAGCAAUGUGAAUGUGAAACUCAGUGGGUGUUUGUGUAACUUGGGUAAACUUCUAUGGCCAAUGAUUUGGAAAUAUUAGAGCUUGAAAUAUCCUCUGAAAACUACGAUACCGGACAUCAAUUUCUACCGCAGGAAAUAGAACGACACAAUGUCGACAAUAUAAGUUAUAAUGAUUUCUAUUGGGAGUAUAUGGAGAACAACAUACCCGUUGUACUGUGUAAUGUAUCUAAACACUGGGAAUGCCGCAAAUGGAUAAAGACACCGAGAGAUGCAAGCAAUGGAUGCCACGAUAACCCGUCACCAAUAUUCAACACACCCCAUGAUGGUACUGGGAAAAGCAUUAACUAUGACUACCUCAAAGAAAAAAUUGGAAACCUUAUGGUACCAACCGCCGACUGUAAUAGGGAAUAUUUUAAUAGUCAUGCCAAAAGUGAAAUGUUAUUUUUUGAUUUUUUAAAUUACUGGCAGCAGAAAAGAGAAGAUGAUGGACCAACUGAUGCCAGUAAUAGAGAUAAAUCCACCGACUUAUUGUACCUCAAAGACUGGCAUUUAAAAGCUCAGCGAAUGGACUAUAACUUCUAUGAUGUUCCUAAACAUUUUGCAUCCGAUUGGCUAAAUGAACAUUUGGUGCUUACGGAAAGUGAUGAUUAUCGUUUUGUGUAUAUGGGACCAAAAGACACAUGGACACCAUUUCAUUCAGACGUUUUCGGGUCUUUUAGCUGGUCCACCAAUAUAAUGGGCAUUAAAAAGUGGUUGCUUUUACCGCCCGGCGAAGAACUUAAACUUUCCGACACCUUGGGCAAUCUUCCUUUUAGUAUAGAUGAGAAACUUUUGAAUGAACACAAUGUACGAUACUACACACUAAUGCAAAGCGAAAACGAAUCACUGUUUGUACCAAGUGGCUGGUACCAUCAAGUCUGGAACACCACCGAUACCAUAAGCGUCAAUCACAAUUGGUUUAAUGCAUGCAACUUAAAGCGGAUAUGGUUUAAUCUAUCCCAACAAAUGCAACGUGUAGUAGCUGAAAUAGACGAUUGUCGACAAAUGGACAACUUUACAGAACAUUGCCAAACUAUGCUGCGUGCUAGUUUCGGUUUGAACUACCUCGAUUUUUUACAAUUAUUACAAACCAUCAGCACGAGGCGUUUGGGAAAAUAUAACAACAAUAACACUGCCGCAGAUUUAUCUGCAAACCCCACACCGCCUGAAUAUACAGCGACCACCACGUCUUCCAAAUUAAUAUUUUUUGAACAUUAUAUACCAAAUGAUUAUCAUAUACAACAUGAUUUGGAGCGUAUCCUACAAGUGGUUGAAUUAAUGCUUCAGGACUCGGUUAUUUGUGAUGACCGUAUAGUUUUAUAUCGUAAAUGUAUACAAUUAAAGGAAUCAUUAAUACCAUCAUUAUCAUCCAACUCAAAACAGUCAUUGUCAGAAUAGUAAGGCGAUAGAUAUAUCCCGCUGUCUUCGGUAAAUAUUUAUUAAAAUUAUUAAAACACCAAUUUGUCAAAGCUAAGGCAUAUUAUAUGCGCCAUAUAUGUAUAUGUGUAGGAUGAAAGGGCUUACAAAUGUUUAGACUUUGUGAACUGAUAUGAGUUCUGGUACAAAGCGAUACACAUGGGGUCUGUUCUUGUUUGGAAUUUCUGUUUCAACUUGCAAUUCUCAAGUGAAUUGUGAUAUAAAGUCGAGGAAGUUUUUGUUAAGGCUGAUAAUUUCUUAGUAGUUGCAAACGCUGAAAGGGUUUGGAAAACCAAGCACAGACUCUAAUUAAAAAACAAAAAUCUUUCAUCUUACAACAUUUAAAGACAAACGAACUGAAGAAAUCGACUUGUAAUACGACUGGUUCAAUCCGUCAAAAAAUAUGUACAUAUAAGUUAUGAAUUUCAUCUGUAAUACAUAAUAUUUUGUGUAUUGUAACAAAAUAAAUAUAAAAGAAAACCAAA